GAAUAGUUUGCGAUCAGCACGCAAUCAUUUGUCGAAUUGAAAAGCGGAGGUAGUAGCGGCAGCACGUCGAAUGAGCCUCACGACUCUGCUUUAUGCAAGCAUUGCGAGUGCGGUCCGCAGCUUUGUGCCAAGACAGGCUGCAGCAGCAGCAUCAGUGCCGCGCCGAGCAACCGCUGUCAUCGACGGCUUGCAAGAGCUGCCGCUCGACCGCUACGACGCCAUCAUCCUCGACCAGUACGGCGUCCUGCACAACGGCGAGGCGUUGCUCGACGGCGUCGCCGCCGCGCUCGAGAGGGUGCACGCGGGCGGCGCGCGGAAGCUAGUCGUGCUGUCGAACACGUCGAAGCGACGAGCGCCCCUCAUCGCGGAGCUGCCCGGUCGCGGCUUCCGGAGCGAGUGGCUCCAUGACGCCAUUUGUAGCGGCGAGUGCUGCUGGGAGGCGUUGCGCGAGAGUAGCUAUGCGAGCGCCGUGGUGCUGGGCUGGAGCGACCGGGACUCGUCAGAAUACCUUGCGGGCACGGGUGUCGCGCUCGCGGACGCCGCGCCGGAUGUUAUCGUGGGUUAUGGGCCGGACACGAUCGAUAUGGCCGAUCGCACGUUGACGGACUUCCGGAUAACCGGCGACCUCGAGCCCUAUCGCGCCUUAUUAGAGGACGCCGCCGCGCGGUCCGUGCCAAUGCUCUGCGCGAACCCCGAUCAAAAAACUAUAGAUGUCGACGGCGUGACGCCGCUGUAUAUGCCGGGCACGAUGGCGGACGCCUACCGGGCCAUGGGCGGCGAGGUCGUGCUGUACGGCAAGCCCGGUGUGUCCCACUUUGCCGCGGCAUUGCGCGCCGCGGGCGUCGACGACGCGGGAAGGGCGCUGAUGGUCGGCGACUCGCUGCGCCACGACGUCCUCGGCGCCGCCGCCGCGGGGCUGGACUCGCUCUUCGUCGUCGACAGCGGCGUCCACUCAUCCGACCUGGCCGAGGUGAGCGAGGCGAGCGUAUCGCGUCUCGCCGCCGCCGAGGGCGUCCCUGUGCCGACGUUUGUAAUGCGUAAGUUUCGAUGGUAA